GAGAUAUCAAAUCAAAAUCUGUCAAACGGUUGAUUUGUUUUGUAGGUUUCACAAGCAAAAUAAAAAUGUUUUUUUCUUUAAAAAUAAUAGGUAAAUUACUUAUUUGUUAAGAUUGAAGAUUGAUUUCAAAUGAAAGAUAAAGAAUUGAACUAAAUGACAGCAGUUCCGCAGAAUUCCGACCAAAAACACGCGCAAUGAAACGUAAACGUGCGUUCAGUGAUAGUAGCUCAGAUGUGGAUCAUGAUGAACAGAAGAACUUAACAGUUUCUAAGCUACAAGAGAAAGAAGCUUCUCCAAAAAUUACACAAAAUGAUACUGGAAAGUCACCUAAAAGCAGACCAAGCACAUGCAAAAAGAAAAGAAAACGUGCAAAAAGCAACAGCAGUUCAGAUAUAGACGAUGUUCUUCCAGAAAAUACUCUAGAGAUAGAAAAAAGUGUUAUUGCAGCAGCAGUGAAAAAUAACUUGGAUGAUGCUGCUGUCAAGAAGAUUUUAAAGAAAGUGGUAACGAAUGACCAUGUAUUGGCUCUAGUCAAGUUACAAGAGGAGGAAGAACAGGCGAGGGAAUCUGAAGAAGGGACUCAUAUUCCCAAACUUACCAGAUCGAAAGUCAAGGAAUUGAAGAAGGCAUCAUCAUGCAAGACCCCCUGGGAUCUGGAGAGACUGGAAUUGACCCCCAUCAAGCACAUCCCAGUGAAGACGCGGCCCGAGGUGACGGCGCUCAUCGCGCAGGAGCUGCCCGAGGACGAGGACGAUGACGAGUACCACCCCGCCAACACCACCGCACCGAGUGACGACGACGUGACCCUGGAGUCGUGCAGCGACGUAGAUUCGCAACCGCGCACCCCCGCCACCCCCACUCCCGCCCGCCUCAGCCCCCGGCUCGUCAAGGAUGGACCGUUUAAAGUACCACAAGAACUAACUCCAGCCCGACGGAAACUCAACUUGGAGAAAGAAGAGGAAGCGACCAUAGCCCUCCGGACUCGGUCCAAACUCUGCUUGUCGGAGACGCCCAUAGAGCAUAUAGAGAGUUCGUUCAUACCCCCGGACGACAUACCCGUGCAGGUCGACGAUCUCUGGAGUCAGUUCUUGGCGGAAUGCCUGGACCCCGCGCUGACGUCACGCCACGAGGACGAUGACGACGCUGACCCGGAGUAUAACGUCGCUGCUGAUCCUGACGCUAACGAAGAAGACGAAGAAGCACUAGAGAGCAGCAUCAUCAAGAUCUCCAAAAAGGAGCUGAACGACCUAGUAACAGAAUUAUUCAAUAUAAUGCCUGAAGACGACUGUCUCACUGGAACCAUGAACGAUGUGGUCGCUCAAACUCAACCGACGACCCACUGGGAAGGCAAGCAAGAACAGUUGUCAGACGAAGAAACCACAAACAUUUCGGGCAGAAGAAUAUCUGAUCGGAUCACCUUCGAGAGGCGAGACAGCACUGGAUUUUCAAUAGGUAAGAUCGAGCCACCGGACGAUGAUGAGGAGCCACAGCAUUUAGAAAUAGCUGUGAACGAGCCCACAGCAGAGUGUAGACGCGAGCGAGCCAUCCAACCAGCUGGGAAUAAAGAUAUCGCGAGGAAAGUGGACCAGCUGAUACAGGACACCAUCGAUCCACCUGUGCCGGAAGUGCCUUCGAUAGCCAAUAUGGUUAAAGUUGUGGAUGGGCAAGCUAUGAACGUGGUGAAUAUAGUGGUGGGUCGUGAAGCUCACUCGGUCCCCGUGCCGUCCGCGCCGCUGCCGCUGCAGAAGAUCCAGCUGCAGAACAAGCGGAUGCUGACCCGGCCCAGGUCCAAGGUCACCAGGGUCGAGGUCCACAUGAACUCCGAACGAUGUAUCCUUCCAGAACAAAUCAUCAUCCUCCAGCAACAGCUCCGCCAACACGUCCAGCUGGCCGCGUCCAACUUCAUGCAGCUGUAUGUGCACCCCCUCAACUACGGAUUUGGACCCACUUACAAGAGUUUCCUGGAAAGUCUAGUGAAGAUAGCGGACAAAACACCCAAUUCGGUGGCGGACGUGUGUAAUCUGCGGCCCGCGAUGCAGCUCGUCAACAAUUGGCAGGCGAAGGUCUCUGAGAACACGCCCGAAAACAGAGAGUAUAUACAAUUUAUACAAGACGAUUGUGCGAAGUGGUCUCACUACCUAGCUAAAAAUAACUACUACAUGGGAGAUUUCCACCCGAUGUACAAGAAAGCCAUAGCAGAGAGUAGCGUGUUCCUAUAUCCAUAUCUCUUGCCGCCGAAGCCUUACCACAACCGCCAGCGGAGGCACGCCUAUCUCAUAUCCGAGGACGAACUAAUAACUCUGGGCUUGGAGCAAUUCUGGCAGUAUGUGGUGGACAACCCCAAACUGUACCCGCCCCCCCGCAGCCAGCAUUCUCGGCACCGCUGGUGGCUCAACGCCACCCUCGACCUCAUCUCACAGCAUAUGCUGCCCUUCCUCACUGUCAGGAUGCUACUUUCGCACGUUGCCAACAUCAGGAAGCAGCAGGGCAUGGAAAAUCCAGUCAAUAGAUUUUUCGCCAAUCACGAGGUGAAGCCAGUGGAGCACCGCAUCUUGCCGUACAACUCCGAGAUGACGCUGUGCGACCAGCCCGUGGAGGAGAUGCCCAAGAUCUGGCUGCGUUACCUCGCCAAGCAUGAGCCCAGGUUCAGGAAAUAUUUGAAUCGACACAAAAAUCACGCCGGCGCACCUCCCAUCGGCAUUCCUUUACAAGUUAACUUAGACCCGGGCGCUCCAAUCAUGAAGGCUCCUUUACCUUUAGACUUCACCAAAGUUAUAACCACCAAUCGGAAGAAAAAAACACCAGACACAAGCACUAGUAACCAACCAACCCCUGUUCAAACGUCUCAAGCAGUCGCUAACAAUGUAACUACUAUGCAAACGGCUGUGGGGGUCGCUACUAAUGUAACUCAAUUAACUGCGGUGCCUGCUGUAUAUAAUAUAGAAGGCACAGGUCAGGUAGCACAAGUAGUCCCUCUUAUCAUACAAGUAAAUGCAGCAGGAAAAUCUUUAACUACAACAUUCACAACAACAAAUAAACCUAUUGAAACAAAUACUGUGAUUGAUCUCACCGAAAAUUGCAAUGCGAUUACGAAUUUCAAUGACGUAAUCGAUUCUAAUUCUCGAUUUUCAACUACAACAGUUAGUUGCAAGAAUGCACCUAUUAGUUCUACUACAUGUGAAAGUACAACACAAAAUGAUACUGAAAUGGAUAUCAGUAAUCCACUUGAAAUUUAUGAAGAACUUAGUAAUAAACCUAAUCAUUGUGAAUGUUGUAUAUUAUUAAGGAAAGUGUGUAAACGUCAGACAAAGAUAACAGAGUAUUUCAAGGAAAAAACGAAAAAGUCUUGCUUUUGUAAAGACGUGAAUCUUCCAAGAAUAACCAAAAAGCUUAUACAAUUAGUGAACUCAUUCAAAGACCCGUACAGGAUAGCGAUGGACCAUUUGGAAAUGAAAUUGGAACAGGCUAAGGAUCAGGCGAAGAUAUUGUUUUCUUACGCUAGGAAAAGGCAGAAUAAGUUGAUUGAAGAGAAAAAAUAUCAGAUAGAAGAUUCUAGAACUACAGAUGUCGAAGAUUUGUCGUACGUAACAGGCUACAAAAUGAAAUUAAUGGCAAGACUAGGCCCGAAUAUACAGCUAAAAUCUAAAGUGCACUCGAUAUUCUCUACUUUCAACGCCAACAGUGACGAUCCGUUGAAACUUGCGAAGUCUUUAAACGAAGUGUUGACAGGGCACCACACAGCGCUAUUCAGGGACUUCCUUCCGUUUCUCACUAAGGAGCAAGCGGCCAGGGUGGGGAGGUUUAAGGAUUACUUCGCUCUGGUGUGCGUUGCUGACCUUGUGAAGAUGGUCGAGGAAGAGAUAGUUCUAAGCGAGUGCCGUCGCGCUGUACUACAGAAAUUGCACAGAGUACUGACGUCGAGCGCGGGAGAGCCGACAGCAUGCCAGAUCUGUACAUCAUUGCUACCUGCGUUCUACAAGUACCCUCAUUUGGCGCAGAGGGUCUUUAGACUAUUCCCUCAUACGUUAGUUAUGGAAGAGGUGACUAGUGUUGAAAACAACGUCGUUGGGCGUAGAAGACGCGCUACGAAUACACAGAAAGAUAAACAAAACGUAGAAGUUUCUGUACAUAAUGACGUCUCUACGAAAACUUCAAUAGAAUCGGAGAAAGAUCAUGCUUGCAGGGCCGAAACUAACACUGCAGAAGAAGGGCCGCGUGCCAAGAAGCCGGAAUGCGAAAAGGGAAUAAUACAAGUGUCGAAAGAUACAUCGCAAGUAAAUGUAGACAUUGGAACAGAGAAUGUCGACAGGAACUCACCAGAUUUACGUAUCGAUACCGACAACACGGCUCAAGAAGAUAUGGACAUCACAUUUUGCAGUGACUCCACGCCUAUUCCAAGUAUUAAUUUUAAGUGCGUCGAUUCGCCACAGCGAAAAUCAGAUGACAAUUGUGGUGAGUCGACUCAAAACGAUGUUGCAGUCAAGGCUCCGUGCAAAGAUGAAGGGAAUGAUCAUACUUAUAGCAAAUCUAUUACAUCCGAUGCGGCUCCAAGUUACGUGUCUCAAGAGAAAGAAAAAAGACCUCAAGAAAAGACUUAUAAUAAAGUUGCUGAUGCUUCUAAACACACAAAAAGUGGAGACUCGUCACAAGAAAAGCGGGAUGAGAGUGGAAACUCGUCACAAAAUGUGGCUGAUGUCACUCUCUGUGGCGAAAGGUCUCAGUUACAUGACCAAGCUGAUAUGACUCUUAUCGGAGAGAAUUCGCAAAUGCACGUGGAUUACGAAGCGGAUCAAUCCUGCAGUGGUGAAGAUGAAGAUAGUCCAAGCGAUGUGGACGCGGAAUGCGAAAUCAAAGAGGAACCUGAUGAGCUCGGAGACCCCGACGAAGACGGAUAUAUAAUAGAGGGCGAUAAUAUACAGAUUUUCAUCAGUGAUAUAAAAUCGGAAGCGGAUACAGAAAGUAUAGCAGAAGAAAAUCCACAGACAAUUAAACAAGAAGAACUAGACAGUGAGUCGGAGACAUCUAUGGCCAUAGACACAGAUGAAGAGACGAUCAAAUCGGAAACUACUGAAUGGCUUAGAGAGGAAGACAAACUGAUACUGCAAGUUAUUAAAGACAACAUAACAAAGGAACAGCGAGGUGAUAAACCAAUUUUGGAGUUCAUUGAAGAUAACAAAGUGAUACAUUUGCUAUCAGAGAGUUUAACUCACAAAUCUGAGACUGAAAUCAAAGAUAGGAUAAUUUAUUUGUUACAAAUACUUUUGUUAAGUGAUUAGUUAUUAUAUUAAGAAAUAUAGUUUGCAAAUGUG